AAACUUUAGUCAGAGCUAAAGAUCCCCAAAGUUCAGAUCACAAACGUAAAAAAUUUAGAAAAAAAGUUGUUUAUACUGAAAAUUAUAAGUUAAAUACAAGAAAAAAAUACUUCUAUAUUUAUUUUUACUUCUGUACAAUCACUAAAGGACAAUUUUUCAAAUUUACUCAGAAACUCGUGCAAUGGCUGCUGCAAUAAACACUCCGGACUCACCAAUACCCGAAGAAGUUCAUGAAAGUUUCCUUGAUGACAUUGACACUGAUUUUUUGAAGGAGAUUUCACUGAUAUUCUAUAGUCUCGAUGACGAAUGCAAUGACUUCAUUGAUGAGUAUGAUUUCAAAAUGGCCGUCUGUUUGAUGAACUUUCCUUCAAUUACGAAGAAAUACAUCAAUGGGAUACUUGCUCGCAAAGCUCUGACUCAAAAUCUAGAAUGGGCCGAAGACAGCGAAGAAGAAGAUACUUCCGGGAAGGUCGGAACGAUGAAGUUUUGGUACGGGGAAUACGUUCUGCUCAUGAAGGAGAUUGAAUCAGUUGAUCGAGAGAACAUUAUAACUUGGUUCCAAGCACUCGAUGAUGAGAAAACAGGGAUGAUCCCCUUUGAGUACGUCAAUAUCUUCAUCAACUACGUCAACUGGAACGUUCCGGAAGAGCUCGUCAACGUCCUAAUGAAUGGCGUUGGGGUGGAGGAGACAAUCGAUCAGACUGCAUUCAUCUUCAUCAUUCGCCAAUGUUUCAAGCGGACAUAUCUUCAGGGCGCAAAUGAUGGAUCUGAUCAGUCUGAGGAUUCUGUUUCUGAUACUCCUGAUACUCCAUCGCUAGACACUGAUUAGAUCAAACACUGACUGAUUUCUCUAUGAUCUCUACAUUAUUUUGAAACUGUUAAAGACUGUUGAAAGCCCACCUUAAGUUUUUAAAGUUUAAUUUUGUUACUGAAAUUUUUAUAAUAAAUUUUAAUCUGAUUUAAUCUGAAAAGAAAAAUGUAAAAUAAAGAAAAGUAUUAAUAAGACUUUAAGUAAAUAAAAAAGAAUAAAUACUAAAACUUUUA